AUGUUUGUUGAAGAUCCAGUUGUUGAGCCUUUGCCAUCCAAUACAGAGCUGCUAACCACGUCGGAUUCAGAGAAAAAAACAUCGUGUCAACUUGUCGAGUCGACAAGUUCGAGUUCAAUCCAGUGUUCAUCAAGUCAGUCUCAAUUACUGAGCCGAAAUCCUUUCCGAGGUAGUUUAUCUAAUUUAUCUCCGCAAUUACAGCAACGAGGAAAUUUGAAUGAAGACCUUUUGGAAAUAGAAAAGCAACCUUUGUCAAGUUCGCAAGAUGGGCUAGAUAGUACUGGUGGUGGUACUGGUGGUGGUACUAGUGGCGGCUCAAAAACAAGAGUUUCAAAUGAAGAGCUAAUACGAUAUCCAUUCAAGACUUUAAAUAGAAUACUUGACGAUUUGAAAUGGACGGUUGCAGCGAAACAGAGAUACGACAACAAGCUUAUUAGCUUAUUGAACAGUAGACCCAUAGAAUAUUCAGAAAGCUUGACUCAACUUGUAACCUCAGCUUUAUCGAGCUAUGAGACAUUAAUUUUAAAUGAACAUAUAGAUUAUUGUCCUUCUGUGGAGAAAGUAGAGAAUCAAGAAACAAAACAAUGCAUAACAAUCAUUAGAGGUUUGGUAGUAGUGAACAGCAAAGAGCUCAAAACUUAUCACUUUAGAAUACUGGUUUUAGAAGAUACUGGAAAUCCCUUUAUUGUCAAAGUAAUCGAUAAGCAUCAGUAUCAUGUCAUUCCUGAAUCACUAGUUUCACAAAGCGACUUAAAUCUAUUGCGGAAAUAUCCACUCGAGCAAGCUCAAAUUAUUGAUGAUGCAUAUUUCAAGAGUUUGAACUCACUAAGUAAUCAUCUUCUAAGGGUAACUUUAUUUGAAUCUGAAUUUUCUACGCAAGAUUUGGAAAAUAUCACCAACAAAGAUAUAAUCCAAACCAGAUAUCUCAGUAGCAUUGCCCGUCAUCCGGAUUUAGACCCUCUUUUAGUCCCCAACAGCCUUCAGUGUAUUAGGAUGUUAUUAAAAGUUUUAAAAGGCCCAAUAUUGUUAGGAGAGAACCCGACAAAAGUGAUUAGUCUAAACACCUCGUUGGAUGCGCACAUUGACAUCAAUCUACUCCUUGAUAAUCUUUUAUUCACCUUAAUUGAAGAGAAGUAUGAAGUUGUUCCCCCUAAUUUAAGUGAAUCGCCAGCGUUAAAAGAGUCAUAUCUUCGAAAAGUUGUUGAGUUGAUAUACCAUGCAUGGAAUUUGAGAGUUGAUAAGAACAUGUUUAAGACUUUGUAUUCUUUUUCAAACAACAUGGCUCAAGUUUUCCUGAAUAUAAGCGAGUUUGAUAAGAAUGCCAGUAUUAUAAAUUUCAACAGCAACUAUUCCAAUAAACAUGCAUUUUUCAUUUCUUUGAGUGCCGCUGCAUAUUUCCAAGAUGAGCUAUUGAUCAAGUGUUUUCAACAUACAGUUGAGUCCGACCCUUCAAAUAAACUAGUAUAUGUUGACGCAUUGAAAGAUAUCAAGAAUUUUCAAUCUGCUAGCGGCCAUGGCAUGAAGUUGGCAGCAUAUUUCAGGAAAUUGUCGCAACUGGGAGAAUCGAUUGGGUACAGGGAGUUUCUUGAGUCGUUGCGGGUUUUGGGUGUCGUUUAUGAUGAUUCUACAGACGUGCGACUGAUUGAUGAUGAUGUUAUUAUUUCAAUGUAUCGCAAACAAUUCCAAAAUGAUCCAAGAAAUUAUCAGUAUUACAACAAUCAAUUACGAAUCGUUGCUCUUGCCAAGGAAUCAGGUAAACUUAAGAAAUUUUUGGCGGAGGAGAUUUUACCUAUGGACUUUGCCCUAGCAGAACUUGAAAUUGAGGAAAUUACCGAGGACGAAGUUGUUAUUACAGCUUACGAGUUCAAGGCAGAUGACAUACUACAGCAAAAUGGAUUCAACAACUUAGCUAAUGAGGUGAUAAUGCUCAACAAGGCGAUCACAUCAGUGGCCAUAAAUAGAAGGAGUUUUUCCUUGUUGCAUUAUUUAGAAACGAAACUUCCUGAAUACGUUAGCACUCCAGAAACAGCAAACAUGGCAAUUGGUGAAUGCUAUCGAUUAUUGGACUCCACAGUCAAAACGUCAGAAUUUGAGAUUAUUUCCAAGUUUCAAAAUAAACUAUUACAAAGUCAAGUGGAUAUCAGGGUAUUACGAUAUGCUUUGAAAAUGAUUGUUGAUUUCAAAAACUCGGAGAUUCUUUUGAAGUUCUUACAAACUGGGAAAAUUGAUUCUUCCUUAUUGCCUGCCGAGAAUUGGCCAGCUGGAUUGGACAAUAUUGGGAACACGUGUUAUUUGAAUUCGUUAUUACAGUACUAUUUCUGCAUAAAACCAUUAAGAGAUUUAGUGCUUACUUUCAAUGAAAAGGAUUUCAAUCUUGAUGAGUUUUCAGCGAGCAGGAAGAUUGGUGGUAGGAAAGUUGAACUUCUGGAGAUACGCCGAUCUAAUCAGUUUAUAUAUCAUUUGAAGAAAUUGUUCGAGGAGAUGAUCCACACGGAGAAGAGGUGUGUUCAACCAAGUAAGGAGUUAGCAUAUUUGUCAUUUUUGCCACUAUCCAUGCCUGUUACAUUUAAGAACACUACAGUGGACGACGUGAAGGAAGAGAAGAAAAAUCAAGAUCAAGAUCAAAAUCAAAAUCAAAAUCAAAAUCAAAAUCAAAAUCAAAAUCAAAAUCAAAAUCAAAAUCAAAAUCAAAAUCAAAAUUUGGGUUUGGAUUUGGAUUUGGAUUUGGAUCUGGAUUUGGAUUUGGAUCUGGAUCUGGAUUUGGGGGAAGCUAUCAAAAUCGGUGACACACAGGCUAAAGAUUCUAUUUCAGGAAAAGAAAAUACUACUAACGAGGAAGUUGUAUUACACGAUGCGGAUGGAGUUGAGAUUGAAGAGGAAAUCGAGACUCCGGGCUCGAGUGAGGCUGCUGCCUUCGAUGCGGAGCCACGGAUCCUUCCUAUAUCUACCGAUGAAAUGGAAAGUACAAUUGAGCUUGGAAGACAACAAGAUGUUACUGAAUGUAUUGAAAAUGUGAUAUUUCAAAUCGAGUCUGCGUUACCACCUACCUCAUUAGACGACGACGGAGAACAAUACGAUUUAAUAAAGAAGUUAUUUUAUGGCAAAACAAAACAAACGAUUCAGCCACUAAAUGACGAUUCCAACACUAAAGGUCGAGUUUCUAUUGAGCGAUUCAACAGUCUUAUAAUUAAUGUCAGUGAUCACCCCAAAAGUAUUUACGAUUCAUUAGAUAAUUACUUUAAUGAGGACAUUGUCAAUUUAGAAGAAGGACUUGUUAAGAAAUCCAUUACAAUUAGCAAAUUACCUCAAAUCAUGCAGUUCCAUGUUCAAAGAGUAAUGUUUGAUCGAGAAAAACUUAUGGCGUACAAAAGCAUUGAACCCAUUCCGUUUAGUGACAAGAUUUACCUUGAUCGAUAUUUGGACACUGAUGAUGAAGUAAUUUUAAAGAAGCGGAAUGAAGUGUUUCAGUGGAAAAAGGAGAUUAAUGAAUUGUUAAUGAGAAAGAAUGAAAUAUUCCGUAUUGACGAGGAGACUAAUAUGACAAUAAUCGAUAGCUUAAUCACUACUAAGAAAUUUCUUGAAACGAAAGUUAUUGGGGAUGAUCAUUUGUGUAUCAAAUUAACCACAAUACAAACGAUUUCCGAUCAGAUUAGUAAAUUGCAAAACCAAUUAGUUGAAAUAGAUGAUAGGGUUUCUCAAUUACAAGAAGCGAUAUCUAAGCAAUUUGAAAAUUACAACCAAAUUGGAUAUUCCAUUUUUGCCAUUUUCAUUCACCGUGGUGAGGCAAGCUACGGCCAUUAUUGGAUAUAUAUAAAAGAUCCUCAAAAUAAGAGCAUAUUUAGAAAAUACAAUGAUGAAAUAGUAAGUGAAGUUUCAGAAUCGGAAGUGUUCAAUUUCUUAGAAGGUAAUACCGCUACACCUUACUAUAUUGUCUAUGUUAAGGAUGAAUUAGAGCAAGAGUAUAUCAACCCAUUGAAUCGGUCUAUCUCAUGCAGUUGA